GCAGGCACCGCGCGCUCACUUACACGCGAGGAACCUGCCGAAAGGCCGUCGGAGCCGCGCGCUGUAAAUUAUGUACAUAACUUACGGUUUUUUCCCGGAUUACACAUGAAUGGCCGGCCGCACAACUCGGAGCCGCCACACCGAGCAGCGAGUGGGAAUAUCCGUAAAGCGACUGCAAGCAUCGUCUGAAGGGGAACACCGCGAGCCCUCCGUGCCCGUCUCUCCGCCGCACGCACACCGACCGAGGCUCGACGGCUCCGCCGGGGAUUUUAAAACGUAACACAAAGCCGUGCUGUUUUUAUUUUAUUUUAUUAUUUUUUUCUAUUUUUCCAGCAGGUGUAAAUUAAUUUUGUAGGAAGUGUACAGCUUGUGUAUAUAAGCCCUGGACGUCUGUACAGAGAUAAUAAAGACCCACUUAUCUGAGGCGAACAGCUGGUUUUUCAAACAAACAUGAACGGACGACGCGCCGCGAGCUUUCAUUCGAGGUUCACUUGAAGAUCCGCAUGCUGCCGUUUGGAGGAAAAACACGGCGGGCUUCAGAGGACUCCUGGUUUAGCGAGGUAGCUUGAGCUGAGAGACGAAUGUCUUCCCUGGAUUAACGCUGCGCACGUUGCCUCUGAAGCCAAUAGAGGAAAUGGUGAGGAGAAAAUUGAGGACAGAAACGGUUGGUUAACGGUCGGGGGUCUCACCCCACGACGCGCCGGUAAGAGCAGAAACAGCAGAAAGGCAGAGGAGGAAGGCGGGCAAAGGUCAAGAGUCUCCAGUUUGAAGAGAGACAGCCGGCACCCGCAGCCUGGAAGAGCAUCCUGACAAACUAGAAGGAGUGAGUGGGUGACCACAGAAAGAGAGAGAGACGGGGACUGACGGAGGAGGAGAGGUUCGGAGGAGGGGGAGGAGGAGGAGGGGGAGGGGUGGAAAAGGCCGUCGCCUAUGGCUACUGACCCGGGAGACCCCACAGGUACCGAGGACUCCUCGGAGAAACCUGAUGGACAGAAGGAGGAGGACACGGGGCGGGAGGGCCGGACCGCCCCACCCAGGGAGUCCAUACGCAGCGCGCCCACAGACUGUUCCUCCUCAAAGACUCACCCAGACAGAGCGGCUGGAGGGGGGGACGGAGGAGGGGGAGGCAAGGAAGGAGGAAGAGGAGAAGUCUCCCAUGGCAACGAGGAGACCGUGGUCAAACCGACUCCCGCGUUGCCUUUACCAGUGGAUACCGGUCAGAAACGCCUGAGGAGGGAGAAGCGCUUCUUCAGGAAGAGCGUGGAGAUCUGUGAGGAGGACGAUGACGUGGGAGUGGCCCCCGGCGUGCCCCACAGCGCCCCCCACCUGGAGCUGCGCUCCUCGGACUCGGUCUUCAGCGGGGCCCCCCAGCAGCAGGGCGCCGCUUCGUCCUGCGCGGCGCUGGGACACGACCCGUCCUUCUCCAGCUCCGGCCAGGAACCGGGCAAGGACGCCCCUUCGUCUGUGCCCGCCCAGAGGGGCAAAGAGAGGGACCGCGAGCAGGAGGAGGAGGCAGAGAUGAAGGCUGUCGCCACCUCCCCUGGAGGACGCUUCCUCAAGUUUGACAUUGAACUCGGCCGAGGAGCCUUCAAGACGGUGUACAAAGGCCUGGACACCGAGACGUGGGUGGAGGUGGCUUGGUGUGAGCUCCAGGACCGAAAGCUGACCAAGGCAGAGCAGCAACGCUUCAAGGAGGAGGCGGAGAUGCUGAAGGGGCUUCAGCACCCCAACAUCGUCCGUUUCUAUGAUUCCUGGGAGUCGGUGCUACGGGGGAAAAAGUGCAUUGUGCUGGUUACUGAACUCAUGACAUCAGGAACUCUCAAAACCUACUUGAAGCGCUUCAAGGUGAUGAAACCCAAGGUCUUGAGGAGUUGGUGCCGGCAGAUUUUGAAGGGCCUUCAGUUUCUGCACACCAGGACUCCACCAAUUGUGCACAGAGACCUGAAAUGUGACAACAUCUUUAUAACCGGACCCACAGGAUCAGUCAAGAUAGGCGAUCUUGGGCUGGCCACUCUUAUGAGGACCUCCUUUGCCAAGAGUGUUAUAGGAACUCCCGAGUUCAUGGCUCCAGAGAUGUAUGAAGAGCACUACGAUGAGUCUGUGGAUGUUUAUGCCUUUGGGAUGUGUAUGCUGGAGAUGGCGACUUCAGAAUACCCCUACUCUGAGUGCCAAAAUGCUGCUCAGAUCUACCGUAAAGUCACAAGCGGUAUAAAGCCAGCCAGCUUUGAUAAAGUGAAUGACCCUGAAAUCAAAGAGAUCAUUGAAGGCUGCAUUCGUCAGAACAAAAGCCAGAGACUCUCCAUCCGGGACCUCCUCAACCACGCGUUCUUUGGGGAGGACACGGGGGUCCGGGUGGAGCUGGCAGAGGAGGACACAGGCACCCAGGACUGCCUGGCUCUCCGGAUUUGGGUGGAGGACCCCAAGAAGCUGAAGGGAAAACACAAAGACAACGAGGCCAUUGAGUUCAGCUAUGACCUGGAGAAUGACAGCGCUGAGGAAGUGGCUCUAGAGAUGGUGAAGUCAGGGUUCUUCCAUGAGAGCGAUGCCAAGGUGGUGGGAAAGUCCAUCCGCGACAGAGUAAAUCUCAUUAAGAAGUCGAGGGAGCGCAGACAGCAGCAGUUCUUUCAGCAGCAAGGCACCGAAGAACGAAGAGACUCCACUCUCACCUCCCACACCUUCUCCAAUCCAUCGUGCCCCUCUUCGAUGGUGCAAGUAGCGGUGGGACAGAUGGGAAGAGGAGACGGAGGAGGAGGAGGAGUGCAGGAGUCUGAGGAGCUGCCUGAAAUGGACCAGCAUGUCAGGCAGCAGCAUAUUUUCAGUGGGACGACCCUCAGCUUGCCAGGGGAGAGCAUCGGUUCUGCCAGCUGUGAAUCUUAUGCAAGUGGACAGAGCCAAGCCUAUUCCCAGCCGGGGGAAUCAUACUCCCACUCCCAGAUUAAUCUCCCUCCUAUGGCCUCUAGCUCUGGUGCACUGGCUCAUCCUCAGCUGCUUUCCAUUGGUGAAAGUGGAAGUAUUUCUAACGUGCCUCUUGGUCAAAGUGUUAGUUUGUCCAGCAUGACCAUAGGCCAAAGUGGAGGAGGACUUGUCGCUCAGACCUUUCUUCAGCCCAGUACCAUGGUUCCACAGGUAUCACCAAGUGUACCUCAACUAUAUCUUCAGUCACAAACAUUCCCAUCAGAUGCAUUUCAGACUGCCACGCCUCAGGGCUCAGUGGCCCCGUCACAGCCAUACAUGCCCCCCGUUUCACCACAGGCACCCAUCAAUGUUCUCACUACAGCCAUGGUAGUCAGUGAUCCUGCCGGCCUGGCGGGGGCCAGUGUGCCUCACGCUCAGCCGGCCCAACACGCCGCCACGCCCAUGCAGCUCACUGACAUCAUUCCCCAAGCUGCACCCCAACAAACACAGCCUGUCAUGAUCCCUCAGCAGACCAUUGUCCCACAACAACAGAUAGGGAUGGAUCCACAGACCACCACCCUUCAGCAGCAGCCACUACACCAAAUGGAGGCCCAGGCCGCUCUGCUUGAACAACAAGUUAGCGCCACUGUGCCGCCAACUGAGCAGCAUCAACAGAGCUUUUCAGCUCCAGCUAUCCAGAAACAUCAACAUGAGCCGCAACCUCCAGUCUACGUACAGCAGCCGGUCCCGGUCCCGGUCCCGGUCCCGGUCCCGGUCCCCUCUCAGCAGCAUGUGUUGACUUCACAAACAGGUAUGGAACAGCAAGCUCUGUCAGGAUCGCAGCUGAUGGAGCAGGUCCAGAUUUACAGUCAGCCGCCGACCGGAGAUCCUCGUGAGCAGACCAUGAUACAGUCACAGCUUUUACAGCAACAGCUUCAGCAACAACAGGCUCUGUUACAACAACAGCUCGUGCACCAGCAGCAACAGCAACAGCAAGCGUCAGUGUUUGAGCAACAUCAACUGUACGUACAGCAGCAGCUCGAUCAGCAGCAGCAAAAUGCGUUGCUUCAACAGCAGCAAGUGCUUCAACACAAGCAACUGUUGGAUCAGCAAGAGCAGCAGAGUCUCGUUCAACAGAAACAAGAGCCGCAACAGGGUUUCAUACAGCAAGAGCAACCACAACAUACACUUCCACAGCAGCAUCAAGUAGAGCAAUCGCCUGCACAACAACAGCAAAAUCAAUUAUAUCAACAGGUUGGACAGCAAACUGGAGCGCAGAAAGAACCAGACAUCCAACAGCAGCCACAAAUUGUAUUGCAGCAGCAGCUUCAGCAGACUCAACAGCUAAAGGAGCAACAGUUGCAACAGCAAGCCUUGAUGCGACAAAUGGAACAGCAGCAAGCGCUACUGCAACAGCAAUUAAUUUUACAGCAGCAGCUCCAGCAGAAAGCUCAGCUCCAACAGGAGCAACAGGUUCAAUUAAAGCAGCAGCUCGAGCAGCAGCAGCAGCAAGCUUUGUUGCAACAACAGUUGGAACAACAGCGACAAGUCUUGUUUCAGAAGCAACAAGCUGAGAUUAUACAGCAACAGGCCCUGAUAAAGCAACAGAUCCAGGAGCAGCAGCAGCAACAAGCAGCCAUGAUUCAACUUCAUCAAACUGAGAAACAAGACACUGUCCAUGUUCCACAGAGCAUCAGUGAACAGCAGAUUCAGCCUCAGUUGCCUGAUAUGCAGCACGUGUGCAUCCCACAGCUACAUGCUGCUCAGCCUACGCCUCACACCGCUCAGCAGCAGGCAGUGGAGCAGCAGCAGCAAGUACCAGCGAUCCAGCAACAGGCGUUUGUUUCCCAACCGCAACACCACACGUCUGUGAUGGAACCUCAUAGUUCAGCUGGAUCUCGAACGGGCGCUGACUCAAUUCAGGCUCACAUCAUUCCUCAGGCCACGGGCCCAAUAACACUUCAGACCGCGCCGAUCCCUGCUCAGAUGUCUGCCUCUGUUCCAGCUCAAGUACUUGCUCAGCAAAGACAAGGUGAAGUUACCCUUCAGAAUCUCCAGGGCCAUGUCCCAAUCCAAUUUUUAGCCCAGACCACAGUCCAAGCGCCGCAAUCUGCUCCAGCUCCGGCUGCAACUGAGGCUCUGAUUCCUCCACCUGCUACAGUGCUACAAGGACAGACACAAGUCAUUCAGAGCCAGCAGAUUCCCUUGCAGACUAGUUAUCCUGGGCCUCCCACUUAUCCACAGGGUCAGGUAGCUACUCAGCCGUUGAUCCAGCCUCUACACACAACUAUUGCUGCUCAAGGCCUCCCAAUCCAUGGCCAGGUGUCACAAACUGACAUUCAGAUGGUCGGCCAACAGAGCCAAGCCGCUGUUCAGCCGCCUUCUGCAAUUGCUGCGAUUCCCAGUCAGAUCCAGCAUGAGGUUCACAUUCAGCAAAAUGCACAGAUACCUGGGCUCAUACAUCUUCCGCAACAAGCUCCAGGCCAUCCGCCUAUACAGGUGCAUGCUCAGCCUGCAGCCGGCCUUUUGAACCCUCAGCACAUCCCUCAACCUAUCCACCAAGGCAUAAAACCUGUACAGCAGGAGCAACAGCAGCCAGUUCUCCAAUAUCAGCAGAUGAUUGUUUCUCCUGGCAGCACCGCAGGUGUUGGACCCAAAACUGAUGGUCUUGGUUCAGUAGUCGACCCUCCAAACUUUGUGGCCACUCCUCAUCCUGUGCAGGCAGGGCAAGCCUAUGUUUCAGGACAAACCGUGCUACAUCCAGUCCUUCAGGCCCAGCAGCAGCCACAAGGAACUCCUGCUGACCCUUCAGUCAUUCAGCCUGUCUCGCUCGCUGCUCCUCAUUCUGCUGAGCAAUAUCAGCAGCAGCUACAACCACUUCCUCAAGUGCAGCAACAGCCAUCCCAGCUUCCCCCACAGGCCCAGUUACCCCCACAGCACUUCUCAACUCCAAUCCAGCAGACACCUCCUCUGCAGCAAGCAGUGAUACCCCUGGAUGACAGUCAGCUUCCCCCACAGUGUCCACCUCCUGCUCAUCUGCUGAGCCAUCCUCCUGCACAGUUAGGCCCCAGCAACACGAAGGAGCCUCCGUCUCAGAGUAUAACGCUGCCCGUCUACAGUCACCUGGCUGCAGGCGCCCCCCCAUCUCCGCCGCACCAGGCCAAACAGAUGCUGCCGGCACACACCCACACACAAACGAGUAGUCAGGCCCAAAUACACUCCCAAACCCAGACACAGGUUCAAACACAGGCCCAUUCUCACACUCAGACACACACUGACAUACCUGUUUCUGAACAGCCUGUUCUGCCCCAAGCUGUAUUUCCUGCACAACAAAUGCCCCUCAGCCCUUUACACACUUCAUGUCCUCCACCGUCACUACCCUCCCUUCCAACCCUGCCAUCCCACUAUCCUGCUGCUACCCCUCCUCCAGAGCUACCUACAUCUCCACCAGCGGCCCAGGUAACUUUACCAGGGCAGGCUGACUUUAUACCCACCUCCCCUCCGCCUGUCACUACUCUGCAGUCGCUCGAUUCUAAUGCCCCCAAACUACCCCAAGCCUCGCUGCAAGACUGUGACCUUUCCCUGCUGGGCAUUGCUCAGGAUGGUCCUUAUCUGACAAGUACAGAACAUCAUUCUUCAUCAGGAUCUGCUCCAGGUAAUGGUGAGGACACUUUACAGUUCCUGGCCAAUGGAAAAUUGGAGAAAUUAAAGGGUCAGAGAAGAACCUCUUGUCAAAAACCUGAAAAGGUUUCACACCAGUUUCAACUGAGCAUGCUUCAGGUGUCUGGCAGCGGAGACAAUAUGGUGGAAUGUCAGUUGGAGACUCACAGCAACAAAAUGGUGACAUUUAAGUUUGACACUGAAGGAGACGCACCUGAGGACAUCGCCGACUACAUGGUGGAGGAGGAUUUUGUUCUUGAUGUUGAAAAAGAGAAAUUUGUUGAAGAGCUCAGAUCAAUAGUUAAAAAAGCCCAGGAAAUUCUUCAGACACAUUCGCAGACUGGAUCCACUGAUCAGUUGCACGUGAGCACCCCCAGUAGUUCAAUGGAAUCGGUGCCCCACUCCUCACCGGUGGGACGAUGGCGCUUCUUUAUCAACCAGACCAUCCGCCAUCGAGACUCUCUUUCCAGCCAGGGAACAGGUACACCAACAACUGCAGCAGACACACUGACCACACAGUCCCCGAAAAAAGAGAGAGAAAGUGAAGGAUCCCAGAGUGUGGAGUCCUUGACUGGAAUUUCCUCCCUUCCCUACUCUACUAUUUCUGCCACCCGCCCCCCAGUGCCCUCUGCCUCAGCCCCUGCCCCCAUGGCUCCCUCUGCCUCUGCUGCGCCUGCUCCUCACACCGCCACCCCUGAAAGCAUCUCUGGACCAGCGUCUGCCCCUGUUACCGCCUCAGGCGGUCUUGAAUUGCCAGUUCGUACCUUAGCUUCUGAAGAGCGAAUUCCCAGUGCCCCUUUAACCGCGGCUGUACCCGCUGCAGCUAACGUGACCAUCUUGACAACUGCUCCCGCUGUUACAUCUCCCACAUUUACCACAAUUCUUCCCAGUAACAUCACCUCAUCAGGAACCAGUGUUUGCUCCUCUGUAGGUAAAAGUGUAGGCGACACUGUGAUUCCUGCUCAGCGGGUAUGUACAGAUCAGUCUUCAGCCUCCUUUCAUUCUCCUCCUCUCGCCACAACAAUGCCCCCGGCUGUGAGCCAGCUCAGCACAGAGCAGCAGCCACAGACUUUCACCCAGGUGGCACAACCAGCUCCGCAACAACCUCAACUGCAGCCACAGCUACAGCCUUCAUUACAGCAGCAGAAAACAGCAGGGCAAUUGCAGGCAGUACAGUUUGAGCAGCAGAUACAGCUGCCCACACAAAACCAACAACAAACACAAGCUCCAGUUUACCCGGAGCAAACCCCACUGCAGCAGGAACAAGCACUGCAACAGUCUCUUCAGCAAUUGCAGCAACAGCAGCUUAUGCAAAAGCAAAUAUCCCUUCAGCAACAGCUGCCUGAGGUGCAGGUGUUGCCUCAACCUGGUCAUCCAGAGUUGUUGCAACAGUCUGUACCUCUACAUCAGUUUCUUCCGCCUUUGGCCCCGCAGCAGCCCCAGCAACCUGUACAGCAGCUAGCGUCGCAGUUUGCCCCACAGCUGCUGCAGCAGCCUCAGCUGCAGCAGGUGCCACCCCAAGCGGCCGUUGUGCCCCAGCAGCAGACUCCGAUCGAUCAACAGCAGCAGCAACAGUUAAAUCUACAACAGUUACAGCAACAACAAAUUGUACAACAGCAGCUACAGCAGCAGCAACAUCAGCUGCUGAUUGGUGCUAUGGCCAUGAAACCAGAGCAAAGCCAAACGCUGCCCUUGUCAACGAGUCAACAUUUUCUUCAGCAGCAGAUACAUUUAAAUGAUGGACCUGUACCACAGCAACAAAUUCAGCAACAGUCCCAAGUGCCUGCAGAGGCAGUGCAGCAUGUACAGUCGCAGCUACAGCUACAACACACUGACCAGCAGCAGGAGGCGAUGAAAGCUGUUGAUGCAUCCCAGAAACAGCAGCAGUUUCCACUGCAGAAGCAGUCCUCUUUACAGAUGUCCGAGUCAGAAGUAUCCACCGGAGAGACGAGCAUCACCGAGGACACGGGCAGUUAUUCUGCCACUUUUCACCCUUCCUCUGACUCAUCGCUGCCGCCUCUCCAUCUGAGCACAGCCGAAGCCUCUUUACCAGCCCUCUCACUUACCAUGUCUCCGUCGCCCGCUCAGCCGUCUUCUGUGGCUGAGUCAGACAGCGAAGGUCCCCCCAAAAUUGAUUUCGUAGACAACCGCAUCAAGACGUUGGAUGAGAAGUUGAGGAACUUGUUGUAUCAGGAGUACAGCAGCGGGGCAGCAGCGGGUGGGGGAAAUGCGUCUGGACCGACCUCAGCAGCCUCCACAUCCGCAGGAGGCGACGAGUCUUCUGAGCCACAGUCUCUCCCCCUCUCAUCUUUCCCCCCACCUGCCUCCUCCUCAGAUACCUCCCCCCACUCCUCGUCCUCCACCUCGUCCUCUACCACCUCCCGUUCCUCCUCCACUUCCCCCGACCUGGAGCUGGGCAGAGGGCCCAAGGAGGCUUCAUGCAUGGUGCAGAACUCUGUGGAGUCAGGCCCGGUGGAGCAGCAGCCUGGCCCAUCCUUCCCCUCCACCUCUGCCACCUCCACCCCGCCUGCCUCUCUUCUACAUCCCAGUCAGGAGGACUUACCUGGGGCGCAGCGCCCGCCUGUACCAGGAGAGCCAACCAUUCUUGCUGUACCCCCUCACUCUGACACCAGUGCCACUGGAGACGCUUCAUGGCCCCCCAAUCAGCAACCGAUCCCCCUCCGACACGGACAGCAGCAGCACAAUGCAGGAGGUGGAUAUUUUGGCCUAAACCUGACAUGUCCUAGUAUCAGAAAUCCUGUUAGCAAGAAAUCCUGGACUCGAAAGUUCAAAAACUGGGCAUGCAAACUGCGCCACUCCGCCAGCUUGUUCAAGAAGCCCAGAGUCCAGCAAGAUGGUUGUUCAAGCACUCAGGCAAUCAGAGACGAGAAGGAGACGGCGCCACUGAAUCCACCACAGUCACGGAAAGGACGAUUCCAGGUGACUCCCGUGCUCCAGACUUCUUCCCCGAAAGAUGUGCCAUCGGGUCAUGGGAGCAGUCAGAGGAAAGUGGGACGCUUCUCCGUAACCCGAGCCGAAACCAGGAAAGAAGAUAGGCAGACUGAUAGCUCCCCAGUGUCUCCUGAUCUGGAGAGGGAGAGGAGGAGAUCUCGGGCAAAAGAAGGGGAUAAAGAAGAAAGUAGAAGGACUCCGUCUAUGGCCCACCUGCCUCGAGGGGUCGGGCACAGCCACUCUCCGCUCGGCAGCAGCGAUGAUGACGACGAAAGUGAGCUGGAGGAUGAAGAGCUGAGAAAAGAGCUGCAUAAGCUCAGGGAGAAGCACAUCAAAGAGGUGGUUUCCCUCCAGGCGCAGCAGAACAGAGAGCUUCAGGAGCUGUACAGACAGCUGCGCUCGCUCAAAGACCAAAGGCAGAGUCUGCCUGUCUCCCUCUCCCGGACGUCUCCUCUGCCCACGGGGCCUCCUGUCCUCUCUCCCCGCAGGCCCCGGCCAGCCAAAACCAAGCUCCGGCCCCGACCUCACUCUCACAUGGACAACAAUGGAGUUACACACUCCGGGAUUCAGCAGUCGAGUAGUUUCUCGGGCGGCGAGCAGAACAAACUGUCACUGUACUGCAACCCCGAGCAUCACACUACACUGCCUGCUAAAAGAGAUCACAGUCCUCUGAGAAAAAGCACAUUCACAGAUGAGCUGCACAAACUCGUUGAUAAUUGGACGAAGGAGACUGUGGGCCCGGCCCCGUCCAAGCCUUCUCUGAAUCAAAUCAAACAGAUUCAGCAGGAGCUGGGAGGCUGGAACCAGUCAACAGAGGCCACUCAACCUGGUUGGUUUCCAGUGGCUCAACUAAACCCGCAGGCACAAGCGACCCCUGCCAGCAUGACUGUGGCAGCCCCUCCGCCGGGAGGGGGAGCCCUGUCCACCCUGCACCCUCCGGGACCAGCGCCACAGCAAACGCACAUGGCUCCAGUGCCACAGAUGCAGCAGAGUUUACACCUGCAUCACCUGCAGCAGAUGGCCUACCAACCCUCCCCGCUCCGCCAGCAGAUGCAAACAGCCGCUCAGCCGCUGUCACAGACACAGCCCGCCACCCAGCUGCCCCACCCACCACCACCUCAAAGCCAACCGCUGCUGCCUUCCCAAAUGCCCUCGUCACCCGUGUCUACGGCCGCGCCGCUGCUGCCGGGCACUGGCUCCGCUGCACCGGCAGACAGCGGCGCCGCUGCCGGCGGGACGUUUUGCUCCUGUUCCUCGCCCUCCUCCACCUGCUCCUCUUCAUGCUCGACUGCUGCUCUGCCUUCCAGUGCCAAAAUUCACCCAACACCCCCCACCUCGACUCUUCCUCUGGGACAGAAAUGAAGCCAAGCGAAGUGUGAGGUCAAUGAAGGUCCAGGAAAUGGAGAUACCAGUGGGUCAGGACGUAAAGCGGAUCCAUUCAGAGUAUUGGUUUUUUGUGUAUGCGUGGGAGUUGUGACUGCAAUGAAUAUAUGAGUUCCAGUGUUACUUCUGGAUGAGGUGGGAAAUGAAUGUGAAAGUCAGAUGAUAGUUUUUAGCAUGUACAAACUGAGGGUGACACAGCAGCCGGGGUUUGUGAAUCGUGAUAUGUUCGGAUGUUGAGAUGUAUAAAGUCUUUAAUGUGUGAGUGAGUGCAUUUAUGAGUGUGGUUGAGUGUUUAUGGAUUAUCUGAGUACAUAUCACUUAUGUCCUUGGACACAAAUUAACAGUCAUGUUUUCGCUGGCAAACCAACUCAGCUGGACCUGAAAUCUCCCCAAGCCGAGACAAUGAGGACAAAAUAUUUGACAGUGUUGACAUUUUUUGUUUAACUUGUCAAAGCUUACAGUGAAAGGACUAUCAAGUUUAAAAGUGCAAUUAGUAAUGGUCAUCAACAUUGAUCAGCACGUAUUGUAUUGAUUUGUCUGUAAGGCAUAUGAUAUUUUUGUAGAAGCACAGUGAUAAAUACCAAGCUCAUACAGGAUUUUUCAGGAUCUUUUAAAUGUGAGUCUACAGCACAGAAAGCUUCAGUGGACAGAAAUGAACAACAGCACGUGAAACAGUUUGACCCCAGUAAGCCUGAUCUGGCUUCCUCUAUUACCAUGAUACCACCAAAUACCUUGAAGCAGCGCAGCAUGUGUUCGAUUUGUAUUGUUCUUUUUGUUUUCUCAAUUAACCUGAUCAGAGUAUUUCCUAAUGUGGUGUUAAGACCUGCCAUUUGAAUUCAAAGAGUUCCCAGGUACACUCAGGCCGAGGCUGCAUGACUAUACCACUAGCUCGUCUGGCCUGAGUGCAAACUGCUUGCACUUGAUGUAUUUAUACUAAAGAAUUUGUCAUUUACUACCAGUAAUCAAGGCUAAAUUUACUUGCAGUGAGACACGCUCUCACAUUUCACAGUUUUGCUUUCAGGUUGGAAUUUGCAUAUCGAAAUAUAUCAGUGUCACGCUCAGAGGAGGAUAAUGAAAAAGAAAAAAAAAAACUGCCAAGUUAUUAUUGAUUAGUGGGAAACCAUGUGGGUUAAUCCCAUAUUGCCUUUUAAAAUUACUGCAUUUUGUGAGUGUGGGUGUAUAUUUUUAAUGUAUGAAAAAGCUUUGUGGUAGUCCCAUGGUAUACUGCAUUAAAAACUGCAUCCCUGUUUCUUUCAUUCAAAUGGAAAUGUUUCUGCUGCCAGUGUUUUGGACUUCAAACACAAAUGAGAUCUUAGGUCACAUACCGGUUGUAAGUGUGCUGUUCCACACUGUUGUGUGAUCCUCACUUGCCUCUUUUUCCAGUUUUGUUUGGCGUUGUUCAAAUUCUUUAUUACAACUGUGAACUAUCGAGUCCUUCACCAUAGACUGCCUGUGGGGAUUGACCAGAAAGUAAAACAUGGGCCAUAACUGUGCAUUAUGCACACUUUGAAAGGUUUACUCAAGUCAAAGCUGUUUUCCAUUCCUCGGUUUCUAAAAUCUCAUCACUAUUCGAUAAGCAGAGUAAAAUAUCAGCAGACAGCAUUUUACUGGUACAUCAAUAUAUUUAGCCAUACACGCAUUUGACCAUUGACGGUCAGGAGUUCAUGCAAUUUUGGUGUAAAAGUAGCUUGUAGUCAAAAGCGGCAUUUCUGUUUUAAGAAUGAAAGCGGGACUGACACUGAAAACCAGAGAUUUUACAGAAGGUAAAGACCAAUAAGUGUAAGUAAAACACACAAAAAAAGAAUGAUUAAAGGAAAAAUGGCCCGUGCUAAAUGGUAUGGCUGCUGAGAAACUGCAUAAUUUAGAUUAUGAAUUCAGCAAUUCUCUGUUUUUGUUGCUUUUCAAGACUUCUCACAUCUUCACAGAGAUGUAGUUCAUUAUUAGUAAAGGUGAGAUACUGUGCUGUCACGUCUGAUACUAACAUGUAUCUAACAAGCUACAGCUUAAUGAUCAUGACUCAUGAUACGGAGCUUGCUUUGUCCUUGAAGUGUUACCAAAAUGUUAUCUAAAAAAAAAAGAUAUAAAGAUUAUUUUUGUAUUUUGGAAUGAGGUUGUAUAAAUUGUAAAAUUGUGUUCUCAUCACUAUAAAUCAGAGGUUAUAUGAAACUAGAAAACACUGGUUUUCAUCCCUGUUUACAUGGGACUCCCUGCUUUGAUAUACCUCUCUGAGUCCGGUCUGUCCCGGGUUAUUCAAGAUCACAUUCAGAUCAUAUGUGAACAUUUUUGACUUCUUAUUUCAGCUUUGAACCACAAAAAUUAUAUAUUUUGUGAAGAUGUCAGAUGAACUAACCUCCCUGCUGAACUGCAGGAUGAUACGAUAUACAUGAACACUAAUGAAGCAAAAAUCUGGGGAGUCCCAAAACGGCAUGACUGAGAACCAAUGAGAAAAGUACAUUUGGGCAAAAAAA